AUGGGUUCGUUGAGAGAUUUAAGAUGGAAUUGUAGAAUUAUUACUUCUUUUCUUGGAGGCUUCUCUCAAUGGGUAGUUGAGUACAUGGAUAUUAGCAUUAGGGUUGCAGAACAUAUAUGGAUAUUAUUCGAUGCACGAUAUGAUUUAGAAGUAGUAAUGAUGGUUUAUGGAUGGUUCUGGAAGAUUUCCAAGCUUUAUCAGAAACCCGGAUAA